GCAGGUGGGGCCGAAGCGCGACUACAAGUCCGGCUGUAGCCGAGGGGCGGGGGCAGAGGGAAGUAAGUGGGCGGGGGCGGCCCCCGGGACGCGAGAGUUUCGGCCGCUGUGUGCUGCCCUGGUGAGAGCCCACGCGGGCCAGGGCGGGAUGAACUAUGGCUUCUGUCAAGGUGGCCGUGAGAGUUCGGCCCAUGAAUCGCAGGGAAAAGGACUUGGAGGCCAAGUUCAUUAUUCAAAUGGAGAAAAGCAAGACAACAAUCACAAACUUAAAGAUACCAGAAGGAGGGACUGGGGAUUCAGGAAGAGAACGCACCAAGACCUUCACCUAUGACUUUUCUUUUUAUUCUGCUGAUACAAAGAGUCCAGAUUAUAUUUCACAAGAAAUGGUUUUCCAAACCCUGGGCACAGAUGUCAUGAAAUCUGCAUUUGAAGGCUAUAAUGCUUGUGUCUUUGCAUAUGGGCAAACUGGAUCUGGAAAGUCAUACACUAUGAUGGGAGAUUCUGGUGAUUUGGGCUUAAUACCUCGGAUCUGUGAAGGGCUCUUCAGUCGGAUACAUGAAACCACCCGAUGGGAUGAAGCAUCCUUUCGAACUGAAGUCAGCUACUUAGAAAUUUAUAACGAACGUGUGAGAGACCUGCUUAGGCGGAAGUCAUCUAAAACCUUCAAUUUGAGAGUCCGAGAGCAUCCUAAAGAAGGGCCUUAUGUUGAGGAUUUAUCCAAACAUUUAGUACAGAAUUAUGGUGAUGUGGAAGAACUGAUGGAUGCAGGAAAUAUCAAUCGAACCACAGCAGCAACUGGGAUGAACGACGUCAGUAGCAGGUCUCAUGCCAUCUUCACCAUCAAGUUCACUCAGGCAAAGUUUGACUCUGAAAUGCCAUGUGAAACCGUGAGUAAGAUCCACUUAGUCGAUCUUGCUGGAAGUGAACGUGCGGAUGCCACUGGUGCCACGGGGGUCCGGCUCAAGGAAGGGGGGAACAUUAACAAGUCCCUUGUGACUCUGGGAAAUGUCAUUUCUGCCUUAGCUGAUUUAUCUCAGGAUGCAACAAACCCUCUUGUAAAGAAGAAGCAAGUUUUUGUGCCUUACAGGGAUUCUGUUUUGACUUGGUUGUUGAAAGAUAGCCUUGGAGGAAACUCUAAAACUAUUAUGAUUGCCACCAUUUCACCUGCUGAUGUCAAUUAUGGAGAAACCCUAAGUACUCUUCGCUAUGCAAAUAGAGCCAAAAACAUCAUCAACAAGCCUACCAUUAACGAGGAUGCCAACGUCAAACUUAUCCGUGAGCUGCGAGCUGAAAUAGCCAGGCUGAAAACACUGCUUGCUCAAGGGAAUCAGAUUGCCCUCUUAGACUCCCCCACAGCUUUAAGUAUGGAGGAGAAACUUCAGCAGAACGAAGCAAGAGUUCAAGAAUUGACUAAGGAAUGGACAAACAAGUGGAAUGAGACCCAAAAUAUUUUGAAAGAACAGACACUAGCCCUUAGGAAGGAAGGGAUUGGGGUUGUUUUGGAUUCCGAACUACCUCACCUGAUUGGCAUUGAUGAUGACCUUCUGAGCACUGGAAUUAUCCUAUAUCACUUGAAGGAAGGUCAGACAUAUGUUGGUAGAGAAGAUGCUUCAGUGGAGCAAGAUAUUGUUCUCCAUGGCCUUGAUUUAGAGAGUGAACAUUGUGUCUUCGAAAACACUGGAGGAACAGUGACUCUGAUACCCCUGAGUGGGUCUCAAUGCUCCGUGAAUGGUGUCCAGAUCAUGGAGGCCACACACCUAAAUCAAGGUGCUGUGAUACUCUUGGGAAGAACCAAUAUGUUUCGAUUUAAUCACCCAAAGGAAGCUGCCAAGCUCAGGGAGAAGAGGAAGAGUGGCCUUCUGUCCUCCUUCAGCUUGUCGAUGACUGACCUCUCGAAGUCCUGUGAGAACCUGUCUGCAGUCAUGUUGUACAACCCUGGUUUUUUCCCUAUUAAAGGACCCAUCUGUCUAAGACUUGAAUUUGAGCGACAACAGCGUGAAGAACUUGAAAAAUUAGAAAGUAAGAGGAAACUGAUAGAAGAGAUGGAGGAAAAGCAGAAGUCGGACAAGGCAGCACUGGAGCGCAUGCAGCAGGAGGUGGAGACACAGCGCAAGGAGACCGAAAUCGUCAAGCGUGAGAUUCGCAAGCAGGAGGAAAGCCUCAAACGCCGCAGCUUCCACAUUGAGAACAAGCUCAAGGACCUGCUUGCUGAGAAGGAAAAGUUUGAGGAGGAGAGGCUGCGUGAGCAGCAGGAGAUGGAGCUGCAGAAGAGGCGACAGGAGGAAGAGAGCUUUCUCCGUUGGCUUCAGGAAUUCAGCAGCAGUGAGCAGCCUGAGAAGAUGGAAAUAUUCCAGGAGCUGGGCCGACUGCAGCAGGAAAAAAAUGAGCAGUGGACCAAGCUGGCCUUGGAGAAGCAGAGGCUGGAGGAGCAGGAGAAGGAGCAGGUGCUGCUGGUGGCACAGCGGGAGGAGCAGCUGCGGGAGAGGCAGGAGAUGGCCCCACUGUUGCAUGGCGAGGUCCUGCAGGCUGAGGAGGAAAAGCAAGAGCUUGAAGGCAUCUGGGCCAUGCUGCUUCAGGCCAGAGAGGCUCUGGCUUCAGGGGACACUGGCAGCCAGGAGCUGGACAGGGCCCAGCUACAUUUCUUAGAGUUCAAGAGAAAGCAGCUUGUCCAGCUGGCCACCUCGGAGCAGAAGCUGGCCCAGCAGAAAGACCUCCUGAGUAAAGAAGUCCAGGAAGAACAGGAAGCCCUGCACUAUUUACAGUGUGAAAAGGACGUGGACUGUAGAUUGUUAGCACAAAAUGAUGGUAGUGGCCCAAGUAUCUCCCGUGUGGCUCAUGAUUUAGAGAAAAUAAAGGCAGCAGAAUGCAGGCUGCGGUAUAAAGAAUGCCAGCUACAGGACCUCCUGCAGAAUCACCUGCCAGCCCUGUUGGAAGAAAAGCGGAGAGCACUUGAAGUCCUUGACCAUGGCCCGCUUAGCUUAGACAACACUGUGUAUCAAGUGGAAAAAGAGAUGGAAGAAAAAGAAGAGCGACUUGCUCAGCACCAAGCCAGUGCACACCAGCUGCAGCAGCUCCAGGCCACCUUCGAAUUCACCACCAAUGUUGCAAGACAAGAAGAGACAGUGAGAAGAAAAGAGAAGGAGAUUCUGGAGUCUGAGGAGAAGCAGCAGAGAGAAGCGCUGGAGCAGGCAGUAGCCAAGCUGCGGCGCAGGCACUUGGCCCUGCAGCAGCCCUUGGCCCUGGGUCCAGACAGUGAGGAGCAGAGGCAGAAGCUGGCUGAGCAGAGCAGCAGCAGUGAGCAGUUGGAGCUCCCGGCUGGGCUGGGAGCUGAGCAUCAGAACCUGGAAAAGGACCGGGACAGAAUCAAUGCUUACAUUGAAGAAGAAGUCCAAAGACGUCUUCAGGGUUUGCAUCACACAGUUGGUAUUUCUAGGAAUACUUCUGCAGAUAUAACGAAGGAUAAUGAGAAACUUCACAAUGACACCAUUCAGCGUAAGCUAAAAUAUGAGCGGAUGGUUUCUCGCUCUUUGGGAGCAAAUCCGGAUGACCUGAAGGACCCAAUUAAGAUUAGUAUUCCACGCUACGUCCUCUGCGGGCAAGGGAAGGAUGCACACUUCGAGUUUGAGGUCAAGAUUACUGUCCUUGAUGAGACAUGGACUGUAUUCAGGCGUUACAGUCGUUUUCGAGAAAUGCAUAAAACAUUGAAGUUAAAGUAUGCGGAGCUUGCUGGCCUUGAAUUCCCUCCAAAAAAAUUAUUUGGAAACAAAGAUGAACGUGUGAUUGCUGAGAGGCGAAGUCACUUAGAGAAAUACCUCAGGGACUUUUUCAGUGUGAUGCUGCAGUCGGCGACAUCUCCCCUGCACAUUAGCAAAGUGGGGCUGACCCUUUCGAAACACACCAUCUGUGAGUUCUCACCAUUCUUCAAGAAAGGAGUCUUUGACUACAGCAGCUACGGGACAGGGUAGAGCUGGGGCAACAGGAGCCAUCGACGCAGUGCCUUCUAGUGCAAGCAGCUCUGAUGCAGGAGCGGCAGCCGGGACCCCUCGCAUCAUGUACCCAGUGCCUGAGUCCAGCGGUGCCCCAGCAGGUGGGCUGUACCACACUGUAGGUGAAUGUGGCUUUCCAUUGCGCUUCCUCCUGUCACACAGCAAGUCCCUCCAGACACAGGAUGACAGGGCCCGCUGAGCUCCAACCCUACGCCAGCCAACCUGGGCCUGCAGAACCAGUAGCUGGCCAGACCACCCCUAAGUGACUUCUGUCUGGUUUCCUCCUUCACCAAAAUAGACUUUUUUUUUAUAGCCCUUCCAUAUGGCUGGCUAUAUUCCAAGAAAAGCAUUUUAAAUUAUUUCAUUAUGGUUUUUUCUUCUUGUUUGUAUCAGAACUUUUAUAUAACACUGAAACACUGAUGUUUACACAGAAUUUCAUAUUCUGCAAAAGGGAUUUUUGGUCCAGUCAUGAGGAUAGUCUUCCAUGCCUGACAGAUUGGAUGUAGAUGACAUCUCUACAUGUAGGUCAUUGUACAGCCUUGAAUACAUAUUCCCAAAUCUCAGAGGCUGCUGUGCAUUCUUAAGCUUUUUCUGCUAAGCACAAAACAAGCGCAAAACCAGAUGCAUAUUUUUAAGCAUUUUUUCUUUACAUUUUUGUUACAGAAUCUACUGGAUCUUAAACUAAAAAAGUAGAAUUUACAGUUGUUUAUUAAUAAUCCCUUAAAUUACUCAGGACUUAAUGUAACAUCACAUCUAUGUACAGUCAAGCUGCUUUGUUUUAUUAAGAAAAAUGUGAGUAAAAAUAUAUAUGAUAUAUAUUGAAAUGUAUGUAAUUCUACCUAUAGAUUUGUAUAUGUGCACACUCUUGUACAGUAGUAGUAUGGAACUAUAUAAUCAUUCACACCAAAUUUAUUAAACAUAUUUGCUUUUUUUGAAAUUUAAAUUGAGCUGCUAUCGAUAUUACAUGAAAUGGUAGAAUGUACCCUGUAGCUCAGUUUAAGUUUGUAACCUGAUCACUCCUCCUGGUCUGUUUAAAAAUUGAUCUGCUGUGCUUGGAAAGAUACAUAAUGUAUAAUUUAGCAUUUGUGUUGCAGAAGAUGCAGUUACAAUAAUGAAUGAAGUCACAAAUGAAUGGCUAUCAGAACAUGCUUGGUUCAGUCUUUCAGAACAUGCCUGCACAACAGAGCUCUCCAACCUCAAAUGGGUUUAAAGAUGCAAUUAUCUCUAUAAGGAGGAAAUUAUUAUUGCACUAACUGAAUAUCAUAGUUUACCAUGAAAAAAAUGAGGACUUUUUUCCUCUGUGAAAAGACUUGCUUCUGUCUGCACUUGGUGAUUACAGACAUAAGUGGAAGAAUAAUUACUACUAAGAAUUUAAAACUACAGAUUAGAGGAUAAAAGCUGGGGAGAUAAUAGUUAACCAUGAGUUGUUUGUUUAAAAGGAGUCCAAGCGCUAAAGACUGUCCCUCAUUUACUGAGUAAAUGUUUUUCUCACUGGCCAGAUGACCUGUCUCUGCCCUUUUGGAUGUAUAUGAGAGACUGGGCUCAUAGCAAGCAUUAGGUUAAAAUCCCACAGGACACUGGGCAAGAAAAAAUGGAACUGAAUGUAUAAAAAGUAUAAUCAAAAGAACCUUCUACUCCAAUCCUCAUCUUAAGUAAUUACAGUUAAGUUUGAACUUCAGGGGCUAGCUGGCUCUGGUGACAGCCAUCUGUGACAUAAACGAGUCAUUUUACCUCUGUAGGCUUUGGUCUCCCCACCUGAAAUGAAGCCAUUGCUCUGGAUGACCCCUAGGUCCAUGCUGGCCAUGUGACAGAGGAGGAAUAAAUUUUGUCAGUGGGACUGUAAUAUUCUUCUUUUGUACCUGUGAAAUGUGUACUUCUGGCCCAGCUUACAGGUAGCUGAACCCAAUUAACAUGUGAAAAACAGUUGAAAAGCAAAUGAUUAAGUCACAUCUAAACCAAUAGUGGAAUUCUUUUCCAGAAUAAAGAUAAGAUAGGUUAUAGCUAUGAUGACAACAUUAAAACUUCAUUGAUUUGCACUAAUUUAAAGGAGUAAAAGAAAGUUAGCAAGUGUGUUAUUACUAUACUUUCAAGUGCCUCAAAUACCAAAAUAAUACUAAGCUGAGCACCUCAGGCAAUUUGGAUUGAAAAACUGUGAUGGUUAAUCUUGAUUGUCAACUUGGCAAGUUGGCUUGAAAGACACAUAGGAGAUUAAAGCACCCUUCUGAGUAUCUCUGGGUCUGGGUCACUCAUGGGAGUUCGACUGAUUACUCUAGCUGGCCCCUGACCCCUUCUUUUCAGGCUCUCUUCCCCUGUGCUCUGCUUUCCAGGCACUGUGUACUUCCCCCAUGUGGUUCCACCAUAAUGUUCCUACCUUGAAGCCAGCUGACCAUGGACUGAAUUCCCUGAAACCACAAGCCAAAUUAAACUUGUCUCAAUUGUGAGUGUUAUGUGUUUUGUCCCAGCAACAGUAAAGCUGACUCAUACAUAAGCCAUCAACUUAUACUUUUGUAUUCAGCUGGACAAAUAUAAGGACCUUAAACAGAAUGCUAACUAGUUUUAGCAUUCCUUCCUAUGUCUUACUUAUUAAAUAAACAUGUGGUAUACCGAUCUUGUUUAAAAUCACAAGUAAUUUAGUAACCUUUGGUCCUGUUCUGAAUUAGAUUUAUAUUCAUCCCUUUGAUUAAUUUAAGCAGUUAAUAGGGAGUAACCAAGUCUUUGUGGCUCACAAAUGACUGACAUGUAGGGAUCUCGGGUCUGUACUGUACAGAUGCUUUGAAGGUAUGUGAACAAAAUGCCUGGUCCCAAGUUUAUUUCAAUUCACAUUUUGAUGCAAGUUGUUAUUUUCAUGCAAAUAAGAGCAAGUUCAGGACAAUUGGGCCUUAGACCUAACCAUUAAGAGCUCUAGAUGGCACAUGCACCCCAGUCUGGCAGAACACACAUGCCCAAAGGGAAGGCCUGCUCCAAGGGGCCACUGUACAGCUGUAGUUCCCAGCCUUAGCACUUGGGGGCACUGUUUGAUGUUCUGGGUGGCCCUGUUCCCUCAGUGGGCCACGUGAGAUGGAGUGUUCCAUUGUGAUGGUAGCUCCUUAUGACUCAUGUUCUGAGACUGCCAGGAGGUGAGACUCAUCCCCUUAGAGACAUGCACAUAGCAGUUUAAGCCUGGCAAUAAUGCUCAGAUACUCCAGCUUCUAGCAGUGCUAGCAGGUUUUCAAAUGCAAUCUCCUGUACAGAUGUUUAAAGUAUUGUCUAGGGGUGUGUGUGUGCAAGUGCACCCUCCUUUAAUGACAGGUGCCUUCCACAUGCAAAAAGACAGGUUGGCUGUUGUCUUGUUUCCUUGUCUGUCUUGAGGCUGGCUGCUUUUGCUGAUGAAAAUUCACUAGAUAGAGCCCCACUACAAAUCUCCAGUGCAUCCUACUUGAGAUUGCUCCUACAGCGCUGCCCCCAGGAGUUAGAGGGGUGGCCGGGUUGUUACCUUAAGAAUGAUUGCUCAGCAGCACAGCAGAACCCUGCUACAGUUUAAAAUGGUGGGAUGGACUGAUAGGCAGUUGGCUGAAUUGGGAUUCCAGGCUGUGAGUUCAUCCUGUUUGCCUGCAGGAAUCCCUGCCCUGCACUUCAGCUCGAGACUCUGCUGCAAGCUUUGGUAUAGCUCCCAAGGCUGUCCAUGUGUCCCCAGAAGGCUCAGCUCUCCUCUGUCCCCUAUAAAGUAUAUACCAAAUACACUUUCCUUGACUGUGCUCAUUUUGUAUCUAUUUAUGAAUGGAAUAACGAGGGAUUCCUUCUAAGAAUUAUCUCUCCAGAUAGUUCUGUGGAAAUUUGAGGUUCAUCACCUUGGUUUUGCACCUUCUCCAUUAAUGGAAAACAGUGCCUUCCCUGUUCAGAGAGGCAAGUGGGUGUGUUUUCAGAAAGACGUACCGGCUUGCUCUCUCUCAUCAAGCAUGGAUAGAGGAAAGUGCACCAGAUACAGAAAAGAAAAUGCAUAAAAGAAAAUGCAAAAAGCCCCCCAGAGUCCUCUUCUAAGACUCUUUGGUAACAUUAAAGCAGGCCACUGGAAAGAGAGAAGUCUUUCUCUGUCUUUUAAAUCUGGAAAAUACAUAUGUGAAACGUACAGUUGAAUGACCCCAACCAUAUGAAAGCAGAAUUUUUCCCUCAACCUAUAAGGAAUCCUUAUGCACAGUUAAUAUUUGCAGCAGUGUUUGUUUUUCCAAUAGCACUUAUAGUUGUGCCUGAGAGCGGCGCGCUGAGAAACAGCCUGAGGUUUACAAUUACCGAAACUCCAUCAUCCCUUAGCCUUGCUGCAGAAAGGCGGGGAGGCGGGGGACAGGAUGAGAAAAGUGGGCUGCAGCUGCUCUUCUAAGCUGCCAGUACUCUUUAGAGGGAAGAAUCCUAGUGAACAAGCAUACUAGUUUAUGGUGAUUAAGAGUUUCUUUGUUGUUUUUUAAUUUGCACUUUGGUUGAUGUCUAAACUCUUGUUGGCUCUUCUAAAAACAGAAGCUAGAAUCCAUGGAAAAAGACAGGGUGGUCUGCUGUCCUAAGAUUUGGCUUGUGUCUUAUGCAUGGUGUCAUUGAAUAUAAUAAGAAGUGAUCCAUAGAGGGUACAAGACUUCUGUUGCAAAGUAAUUAAAAUCUUGGCUAUUUAGCAUUUACAAGUGAAUGUGGAAGGUCACAUUUAAAUUUUCAAAGCAUUUUUAGUUCCUUGUGAUACUCGUGUCCCAGUCUAAGAGCACAGCUCACCCUGGGUGGCUUGGGGCAUAAAGUAUUCUUGGGGCACCUCAUCCAUCCAGAGCUCAAUGUUGGACAUAUGGAGCACAUAAGUAGCUCCAAUAGAAAAACUCUGGUGCCAGCAAGGUGGCCCCAGCCACACACCACAGGCCUGGUCACCAUCAAGGUCCCCACCUUGUUAAUGCAGAGUUAGGGACAGAGAAGGACAAGCACAGGGAGGUGAGUGAAGUAUUUGAAGUUGGCCUUAGAAAGUUCAUUAAGUGUGGAUGACUCUUGCCCCACUUGAAGUCACCCAUAUUAAUUCGUGUCACAGCCACCUCCCCUGCCUUCUCCUGCUGUAACGUAAAGGGUCAGGCCAGAUUCUGGCCAUUGUUGUGGCUCUAUUCCCACUACUUGUUGUCACAUCUCUCACUGAAAGAGAGUGUGGCAGAGAAUGGUUGGCAAGAGGCCUGGCUGUAUUCUCCUUAGUCCUUGCUGUUAGGAGCUGAAUGCUCAUCUGUAGUACUCAACAGUCACCAACCAGUCAUUUGCUUCCUUUGUGUGAGAUGUGUAUUUUCCAUGUCCUGGCACAGGGCCAAGUAGCAGGCACAUAGUGAUAUGCAGGAUGCUACAGGUCCUCUGUUAGGAGCUCACACUGCACUCAGCCUGGUCAAUAACAGAGCAAUCAGAUGACUGCAACUUGUGAUCAUUAUCUGGCAGGAAAGCUGAAGGUGCUAGGAGACCUUGUGCUAGAGAAAACCUUAUUGGAAGGCUGGAGCUUCCCUGGCAGGUUCCAUCAAAUCUGAAGCCUGAAAGGUGAGUGCUAGGCUAGCAGGUAGAAUUCCCACAUGGAGGAAAGACCUGGUACUGCCAAGAUCACCUAUUGUGGCUAUCACUUGAAGAGACUGGCAGGAUGUGAGGGGCUAGAGAGGGAGGUAGGGCCAUAUAAAGGCCCCCCAAGAGGUGGUGGUUGCAUUUCUAUGGCGGUGACCGUGUUUUCCACUGACCACCACCAUUUCAGAAGUGUGUCCCUGGGAUAAACAGGUGGAAGUGUGCAACAAGCAGGCCUCAUGCUUUACAAUCACAUGCAGUCCAGAGAAUGGAUCUUACUAAUCACAUCGGUAGGGGAACGGGGCUCAGAUGCUAUCCUGCGCUGUUUGCAAGUUGACUGUUGGGCUCCUAUACUUGGACCUCGGUUGUGUUUGGACUUCCUAAGUUUCAGAAACUGUUGCCAUUGACAAGCCUAGUCUUCCAGACCCUGUGAUGUCCAGCUUCAGGUGUCUAACUUGUGUACUGUGGUAACCAGCAACCGUGUAAAAGGUAUAUGUUGGGCUCCUACCCAGUCUUUGCUGUAUGAGCAGAAAAAUAAGUGUCCCCAUGCAGACGCAGUGGUCAUGGAGCUCUGUUUGGGUUGUGGGCUCCUUGCAGGACUUAGUCUCUACAGAAUCUUCUAUAAGUCCAGAUUCCCCUGGUACCAAAUCACCUGGCCCUGAUACCUUGUGGGCCUGAAUAUCAUCAUCAUCAUCAUCACCAUCAUCAUCAUCAUCAUCAUCAUCAUCACCACCACCAUCUCCCCACACUAAACUGAAAGAUUGCUUUAUAUUUUGCUUAUAUAGCAAGGCCUAUAAAUGAAUGUGAUGUGCACAUGUAGGGUCUUCAGAAACACAUUGCUCAACUCAUUUUAAGGUUAGAGAGAAGGCUCUGCUGGGAUAAACACAAAGAGCCUCUUAGCCACUCAGAGAAUGUGGUUCAGUGAAGUGUGUCCAUUUCUGCUGAUCACAUGGCUCAUAGGCCUGCACCCUUGCCUGGGUCUCCAAAACAUCUCAGAAUGGAGCAGUUCUAUAAAUUCAGUUCUGUCGGUCAAAGGGUCCAUUGUGUUUACACAUUCACUCACCAGACCAUUUAGUGAACUAACUUUUCUACUUGAUGCAAGCAGGAAAAGUCAUUGUUGGUCCCACCAAUGACAGCAUCACCAAGAGUGGACAGAACACCACUGGCUAUGUCUGCUCCAGAGGCCAGGACAGAUGUCAGAUGGGCAGGAGCAGGAGGCUGGAAGGUGGCCUGUGGUGGCCCCCAUGUUUCCUAAUCAGCUAAGCUCAUGUACCUUCCCUUAGAUGCUGGGGACACUCACAGCUGCUCUUGCUCAAAAUCUUUCUCAACAUCAGGAAGGGUGACCUGUUAGUUUCCCCAGAAAAUUGCAAUUAUUCUCCCACCAGUUGCCACACCAGUUAUCCCAUCCUCUCUGCUCAUCUCCAACUCUUUCAGCAAACCUCACAGUAAAACAGCUACCACUGCAGUUGAGGAGCAAACAGUGCCCGCAUUAACCCCAGGGUUACAAUCUUAUGGUACUUUCCAUACCUCUGGGCAGUCUGUGUUGUUCAGAGUACAAAUGUAAAAAGAGAAGACGGGGCCCACCAGAGGGAAGUCAGUUUAUACUACGAAAAUGUACUUACAGGCACUAGGCCACACUUGUCACAUCUGUAGGCUUCACCUUGCCCUACAUGGACAUCGUUCACAAUCUCUGACAUAAAACCAUCUGUUGGUCUACUAAAGGUGAAACAGCUUGAAGGAGGUUGUGACUGACCCAAGUGACAGAGCCAAUUGCGACCAAUGUCUUAUGUUAACUCCAGACCUCGUGCCACACCUGGAUUAAAAGAAAAUGCUGGAUAUGUCAGUCCUGGGGAGAAAUAACAACUCCUUUCAUAAAAAAGAAUUUAAAGUAAUUACAGUUAGCUAAAAAGGAAAAAGUUGAAAAGAUGUCACAAAGACAGUGACUACCAGAAGCCGCUUCCUCCGUGAAAGCUAGGGGAACAUGAGAAGGUCUGAAUCACUAAGCUUUGGAUGCAUGGGGGGAAAACUAUUAUGCUAAAACCAGACCUCAGAGAGGAGGGAACACCAGCCACCAGCACUGGCGUCUCAUGAGGUGGAAUAGGGUCCCGUGGGCCUGUGACCCCAGCCUCAAAGGAGGGAUUGCUACAUCACUGAAGAUCAGUGAAGGCUGUUGGGAAAUGCUGAGAAAACCACAACCUGGAUCCAGCUGCUUUCCUGCUUUCCUGGCUGCUUUUCCUGUUGCAGCCAACUUGGGGAGGAAAAAGUGAGGCUGAUACGAUGCUGACAAGAACAGGAAAUCAUCUCAGGAAAAGGAAAUGGACAGGAAGUGUUGCUGGGCUGAUGCUCACAGGAACAGAAAACAAACCAGGACAAAUAUUCUCUAGUACCCUGUCUUGGCAAAGUCUUCAGAGAGCAGCUGGCAGAGCAGAAUGAAGAUUUGCAGGUUCCAACCCUGGCAUCCUGGGAACAGAGCAGGAAAAACUGGGCUUGGAGCUGGGAAGGAAAUGCUUACUAAUAGACACCUUGAGCUUUUGAUUCAUCUGAAAUCUGGACCUAACAUUCAUCAGCUGUCAUUUUACUCCAAGACUGAUCUGCAAUAGAAAUUAGGCUUGGCCCCAAUUCCCACCACAACGUGACAACACUAGGCACCCUAAUUUAUUGUCUCUGCCAAUUGCUGGGCCCUAGACAACAUGACCUGGGAAUUAGUCUACAUGGUUUCUGCUCUCUGGGAAUUUACACCGCAUGGUAAAGUUUGUCCCAAACCCUCACCAGUGACUUGUGAGAAUAUGUACUCUUCUCUGGAAGAAGCAGCUGUAGCCACAGGCUGUCCAAGCAGUAUAAUGCCGUUCCUUUGGGAAGCCAAAUGUUUCUUGCUUCACCACAAUUCAGCACGAUUACUUUUCCUGAAUAGUGAGAAGUUUUCAAAGCCAAAUGUUUCUUGCUUCACCACAAUUCAGCACGAUUACUUUUCCUGAGUAGUGAGAAGUUUUCAAAGACUUUUUUGAAAAGACAAGUAAAAUAUCCAGGACACCUAUUUCUGAUGUAUAAUGAUGGUAGGGGUUGUUUUUAACUUUUCUUCCCUUAGUGACCAAGAAAGUUGCUUUGGUGACUGAGAAAAUAGAUGUGGGAGGAUUUGUUCUAAUUCCAUGGUUGUGUGGAGCAGAGCUCCAGUCUGGAUAGUCCCUGAGGGCAUAAGAUGAGACUAUUUCUAGAGUAUGUGUCAGGGGAGGAAGCUAUGUGGGCCAGGAUUUGGCACCCAGAAUUUAUAUUCUGUUGUUUAAAUGUAGUGGUUCUUGUGCUCUUUUUUUUUUUUGGUUGGCGGUAACCCUUACUAAUCACUAUUGGCACCGUUUCUGUUCCCCCGGACUCUGUUCAAGGUGGAGAGCUGUAUCUCCUGCUUGAGUAACUUGAAGUGCUACUCACCUUAGAAAGGACUUCUUUAUUUAUUCCCAUAAGAGGCACAGAGCCAUAACAUUCCUAACUCUGGGCCAUGAGCUUGACCUUCUGAGUUUUGAAGGUUUCCUGACUGUCCUGAAACUCAGAGCUCGAGAAUAGCUAUUGUCUGAAGAUCGUUAAUGUCCUGUGAGCAAACCCUGGAGGUGUAGUCUUGGUCUUAUUCUUCUUAGUCUUCAGCUGGUCUUCCUAUGUGACUAUUUUCUAAUGCAGAGGCCAGUUCUGUUAAACCAUAGCAUGCAAGAGCUGUCUUCCCACUUGAGCUGCUCUGUUCCCGUACAUGUAGAGUUAGAGCCAAGGGACAAGCAGGUAGGGCAGAAGUAGUAAAGGAAAGGAGUUCUGGAAGGGAACUGCAGAAACACGAGAACUACCUCUGAUGGCAUAAAAAAGCUUCUGGCUCCAGGGCUCAAACUUAUCUAAACAUAGUUGCUUCUCAACCUAUGAUAGGAUUUAACUGAAUAAAGCCAUUGUAAAGUGAAGAUAUAUAAGUUGAAAGUCCAUUUAAUACACUGAACCUACCAAGCAUCCUAACCUAGCAACACAGUGCACUGUAAAAUAUCAGUUAUUUCCCCCCUUGUUCACCUGAGCUCAGCUCCAGAGAGAAUAUGGCCACCCUGUGGAAAGAUCAAAAUUAAAAACUCAAAAUAUGUUUUAUCCUGAAUGAGGAUCACUUUUGUACCAUCAUAGAGUUGGAAAAUCAUAAAUCUAACCAUUGUAAAACAAGGACCGUCUGUAUUAUAAUAAAAUCCUCAAGAAGAGAACGAACAUUUAAUACUUGCUUGCUUUAAUACCUCACCCCUCCUUCCAGCCACAGUAGUAGGGCUGGUGUUGGUCCAUCUGCUGUCCUGAAAACUCAAAGAACUUCAUGUAUUUUCAUUCAGUCUCCUGUCUCUAAUGAUAGAUGACCUGCUCAUCAGUGUAGGGUGACAAGCAUUUUAGAGCACAGUCCAUAUAUCUGAUCAGAAAGAAAGCUUUAUCUGGUGUGUAGCACAGGUGCCAAAGUCUCUGUCUGCCAUCUGGGAAACACACUAUUGAGGGUUUUAUCAGUGGAGACAACAAAAUCAUGCAACAGAUUUCAGGAAACUUGUUAACAGUGAGCCUUUUCAGAAAGGGAAGUCUGAAUAGAGUAAAAUAUAUUUUUAGUGGUCUCUGCAACUCUAACUGGCAUUUGAUGAUGAGGGAAUGGCAAACUGCAGAUAAUUUGGAAAAUGUGUACCCAUAUCUAGGUUCCUCUCCCUUCUCUACCUUCCUGUUCACAGACAUCUAAUUUAAAGUCUACCAGCUUGAACUGUGCCCCCUUUGCCUCCUCUGAAGGCAGGAAAGACCAAGAGUCAUGCACAAAACCUUACAUACCACCUGUGCACCCAAUGUUGAACAGCUUUGAACAGCAAGGUUCAUCUUUUGAAGUUUAAGACUGUUGCUGCUCCCUGAAAAUCCCUGUGACAUUCUAGAGGGAAAUUGAAGGGAGAAGUAGGUUUAACCAUAAAGGCAUUUAAGCUUAAGCCCCUCACAUGCAUAGAUUCCUCUUGAAGUUCUCAGGUUCUGCUGGGAAGAUUGGAAAGAUGUGACAACUAGGCCAUUCAUGGUAGGAGGGACUGAAAGGGCUCUGCUCUAGUGUUGGGAUUCAGGCAUCACCCCCACCACACAUCAUGCCCUGCAGGCCAGAGGGCUGUCCCAAUGGCCCACAUCAGCUGUGAGUGCUGUUGUGUUUGUUACAUAUGUGUUGCAAACCCACCAGGUAUCUAUAGGUAUAAAAUUCUAUCCAGUAGAGGAUGCUAACUGCUACACUGUGACCAACUCUUUGUCCUUGCAUCAGAGAAAAUUAACAGUCCUGAGGGAGAAAACAAAAGUUCAGCUUCCAAAAUCCACUCUAUGAGCUUAGUUCCUGCCUAAGAUGGGGACGGGGGUUUGUUCAGAAAUCUAUUCCCGCCAUCUUGGCAGAGCCUUUCUGUGGCUCAUUCAGUGCACAGUUGGUAUCCAGUAAAUGCAGCAAAGUAGAUGGUAGAAAUGGCAGCUCCCCCAGGCAUACCGGCUUCUAAGCUCUCUUCCUUUUACCUAGAACAUUCCCUCCUCUUCUUUCCCACUGGGCCCUCUCCCUUGCCCCAUCCCCAAAGGUGUCUGAAAUGUUUCUGUACUCUCAAAGCUAGAGGAUGAGUGGCUCAGAGUAGGUCAGAGUGAUUCUGGCAGAAAGAAGGCUGCAAGAGAAGGGCUGGAGGCAGCCUUUCUCAUUUCUUUCCUGUCCUUCAGGUCCCAGGAAAAAACUUCCUGAAAGGUGAGCCAUGCGGUUCACCUGCACAAGGAGUUCACCAGGAAAAUGACUGGUGUGUGUGAGUGGGUCCCUCUAGGUGUUCUGAGCAUAGGAGAAGAAGCCAACAAGUGAGGAGGACCUCAGUGUGUCCGGGCCAAAAGGAGUCAUUGUGGGGGUCUCCACACAGGGCAUGAAAAGCCAAGGCUCCUAGGCCACAUUAGAAAAGCCUCGGGUUAGGGGUUGAACUUCAUUCCAACUCCAUGGGAAAAGCCAUGAUAUUUAGUGAUGAUCUAGUGGUCUUUGUUCCCUGCUGCCUCCUUCCGGGGGGAGUUCAGGAGGCCAAGGUCACAUCCUCCUUGCUCACCUGAGCUCUGUAGGCAACCCCCGGGUGUCCAGUGGUUAUUUGAUGAAAUUGAUGUGGGUGUCUGGGAUGGCAGGUGAGGCCAGCGAUAAUUGGUAUAACAUUCUGAAAAAUCUCUCUGGCUCCUGCUUGGAAGCAAACCAGAGCGGCCUCAGUGGGAGAAGUCCCAGCAGGUGAUGGAGCUGCAGCCAGAGCAGCUCAGGGUCCACGGAGACCCAGAGGGUGAAGCCAACAAGAUCGCCUGUUACGGUGCCAAAUGUGAUUCCAAAGUGCAGCUGGAGAGGAAGCUCUAACCUAACACUGCCUACCUCCUGGCAUAUUGGUGUUUGAGAGGACUGGGUGGCCUUGCUUGCUCCAAUCCCAAAGGUGGGAGCUGCUUCCAGAUCCCAAAAGGGAAAUUUACAACCCAAGGCCCAAACGUUCCAGAUGUACCGGGCAUCCAUGCCUGUCUGCAGAACACGCAAGAGAUAUGGGUUUCUAGGAAGUCUGGAGCCUACAAAACAAGCCAGAUGGGCACAGCUUGGCACACUGGAGCAUUAAAUCACAUUUUGGAGGGACAUGGGGUGUGGUUUGGCAGAGGCCCAGAGAGGUACUGAGCCAGGAGUUUAUGUGGGAUGAGGCUCAGCCCAGGUUUAAAAACAAAACAUGUGGGGUAGGGAGGAUGUGCACUGGAAUGCUUUGGUGUAGGUUCUGUUCUCUGGUGAAUUUAACUCCUAGCUCUUGGGUGUGCCUGUCAUGUGAGGCACUGUCAAAUUAUAUGGAGGUAGGCCUGUCAGUCCUCUUCCCACCGCUUCUCUGGGCCGUCAGGAGGUUUGUGGUUAGCUACAUGUCUCUCUCCUUGCUAUUCUUCCUCUCUGCUGAACUGUCCUGGGACAAAAUGUAAAAUCCAGAUCUAUGAGGUCCCUGAGUGAAGGAACAACUAACCUGGCCACUGGAGGGACGUCAGGGGCUGCAGACCAUGUUCCAAAGAGACAGACAGAGACACUACAUCAUCGGGGUCAUUCUUCCACCAGAGAAGCUGUGGGGACACCUAUUCCUGUGUAAGCAGCUGUGCUUUAUGGGAAUUGGCUCAUGCAGUUGUGAGUGGGCUAAGAAAAUCCAAAAUCCAUCAGGCAGCAGGGAGGAAGAGUAUGGAAAGGAUAGACUGGAGCUGUGGUUCAAGGGUCUCUCUCUCUCUCUCUCUCUGAAACUUUGGCUCACCUUUGAAAGUCUUCUAGUGACUACAAUCAGGACCCCCAAAUUCUCCAAGACAGUUCCUUUCUUAUAGUCAACUGAUUAUGGAGUUUAAUUGUAUCAGAAAAAUGCUUUCACAACAAUCCUUAGGUGAGUGUUUGGUUGACUAACUGGGGACUACAGCUGUACCAUGAAAAAUACAUCACACAGACUUGAAUCAUGGUUCAGAACUUGCAGGCCCUUCAAGCCACUGCUCAGCUCACUUCAAACCUGGAAAAGUGCUAAGAGGCCAACUUCUCUGGAGGCCAGUGGUUAUACCGAGGGCCUAGACUGGGAUUUGAACCUGGGAAGGGUAAGCCAGUUCCUUGCAGGUUCAGGUCUACCAGUAUAGAUAAAAUAGCAAGUGUCAUUCCAUGGCCAGAGGACUCUCAGGGUUAAUUUGGGGUUUGUCCCACAAGCUUACCUUGAUUCCCCACAAGGUAAUAACAAAUUUCUUUGGCUGUGAUCCUCCAAUGAAUGCCCUAAGCCUGUUCUUCCAAGAGUCAUUUGUCAAGCCAUUUACCCAGUCUGAAGUGUGAAAGUCUCCAACACGACUGGAGAGAAAUUUGACUCAACGUAGCCCCAGUGAGCAGAGUCACUGGCUUACUCCCCUGAGUUUCCUGAGCUAGCAUUUUAGAUCCUCUUCAGGGUGCUGGUCAGCCAGAAAGGAGCCCUGAGGCUGUGCCUGGGGGAGAUGGUGUACAGUGGCAGAGAUGUUGGCAUGAAAAGAUACAGGUGGAUAUAUCAGAAACAGCAAAAGAUACCCAUCGGAAAAAGAAAGUCUGCAGCAUAUGUGGUAAAGAAUUAACUUUUACGUAAAAACCUCUUUCAAGUUGAUAGACAGGAUGCCCAAUCCAAUUUAAAUAACCUUCUUAAGGUCCUUAAUUUGAAUGAUGACAGAGGAUACAAACAUACAGUUAGUACCAAUGAAAGAAAUUUAAGAGACCAAUGAACAUGACAAAAAAUGCUCGAUUUUAGUAGAAAUUAAAAUUAAAUCACCACUGGGCUGUCACUGAGGCCAUUUUGGACUGAUAGAGGUUUACGGGGAUUUCUGGUACCCAGAUAAAGAAAGCAAGAAGGACACAGCACUCUGCCCCUGCUCACCACCGGCAUGUCGCUGGUGCAGUUUCUCCAGGAGAUCGUACCUGUCAAAAGCCCUUACGAGUUUCAUAUGCUUGACUUACAUUUAGGUUGUUUACAAGUGUAGCCAGAACAAUUCCUCCUGACCCGUUGCAGUGUGAUUUGCCAUUCUCAACCCUGGAGGUUUGUGUUGAGUAGGGAAACACAGCAGAAGUGAAACAUGCAUCCUCUGAGGCUGGAGCUUUCAAUAUCUGACAGCUCCGAUUUUUUGCCACCUUGAAACCCUCAGCCACAAUUUAGGUCAUGGUGAAAAUUCUGUUUUCAGAAUUUCUAUAAUGGUCUAGAUAUGUUAUUUUGGUAGACAUUACUAUAUUCAAAGAGAAAACCAGAAACACAUUCUGUUUUCCACACCCCUUGUCAAUUUGCUUAAGUUCAUGAAAAGUUUCACUGGACUGUGUGUAUGUGUGUGUGUUUGUGUGUGUGCCUCUGUGUGUCUGUACGUGUGUAUCAGUGUUUCUCACAUAGAAUUCAAAGCCUAUGAACCAUCUAAUUGAUAAUAUGCACUGGUAUUGUUUGGUUUUGGUUUUGGUUUGUUUUUUUUAACAGGGUCUCACUAUGUAGU